AAAACAAUGCCGCUCCCACCGAAACGGUCAAAAGAUGCACCAGAAGCUGAUGCAGAACAGACAAUAGCGAUAGACGACAAAGAAGCGUCCACUUCUCAGACCGCCGAGUGCAACAGAAGUAUAGCUGAUUUCACAACGGAAGCAUACCGGAAAGUUGUGGCCGCCACACGCUCCUGUAAUGCUAUUCCACAGGAUGCAGCGCGUUCCGUUUAUCUGAGUUAUCCGGGAUAUGCACGCAUGCUGGAGGAACAAUCACAGCGUGUGCUGGGCUUGAUCAACAAAGUGCUGCACUUUGAGAAGAUCAGCGGCGACAUCAGACGGCGUCAAGGAGACGAGCAGCUUGAAAUGGUGCAGGAAUGCAAUGAUAUUCUCUUCGAGCGGAUCACAACUAAUCUGGACAUUAAGAGCGGGCAAAGGCACAGGCAUAACCACGUGGUGGUGGAGACUCAAGUGGAUGUGCAGUCGGCUCUAACAGCGAUACCGACCGCAACAACAACUGAGGCGACGACACCACGUGCUGGUACCUGGAAUCGUGCCGGCUCCGCAUCAAGUCCGUCACUGCCCCGAAGCACGGUAUCAGCUCGUCUGUUUACCGCAAAGAAUAUAAUGCGACCGCAAAUGCAGUUUAAGGUGCCGGUGGAUAAUAGUGCACAGAAUCCCUUCAGACCAAGGCUGACGGAAAAGCCAAAUUCUCUGAAACCUUUGGCACUGCUGCCCGAAUACGAUGAUGCCGGCGAGGUUGCGUCUUUUUUGCAUCCCUACGAGUUUGAACUGCUUAAAUUUGAACCAUCCAAGGAACAGUUGCAAAAACAAAAGCCAUUGCUUCCGCUGCCACCAGAUUCCAAUGAGCUGAUGCUUGUGGAUAGCGUGGAGAAGCUGCAACAGGCGCUGUUGGAGCUGCAGCAAGCGAGCGAGAUUGCCAUCGAUGUGGAGCACCAUUCGUAUCGUACAUUCAUGGGUAUUACGUGUCUGGUUCAGAUGUCAACACGCACCAAGGACUACAUAUUCGAUACGUUAGUGUUGCGCGAAGAGAUGCACAUCUUGAAUCUGGUGCUAACUGAUCCCAAAAAGCUGAAGAUAUUGCACGGCGCUGAUUUGGACAUCGAGUGGCUGCAACGUGACCUCUCCUUGUACAUUGUCAACAUGUUUGAUACGCAUCGUGCGGCCAAAGCCUUGAACAUGGCACGCCUCUCAUUGGCCUUUCUUCUCAAGCAUUACUUGGAUCUCGAUGUGGACAAGAGCUUGCAGUUGGCUGACUGGCGAAUGCGUCCGCUACCCCAGCAGUUGAUCGACUAUGCGCGUCAAGAUACACACUAUUUGAUAUAUGUGUUUGAGCGCAUGACCAACGAUCUGUUGGAGGCCGAUCAGGGUCAACAACAGUCAUUGCGCAUGGUCUACCAGAUGAGCACUGAAGUGUGCAAGAAACGCUACACGAAGCCACACAUUGGCCCCGAGUCGCAUUUGGAUUUGGUGCGCAAAACGAAGCGGUCCUUUGAUAAUCGCCAGCUGCAUGCAUUGCACGGUAUCUUUUCUUGGCGCGAUGCCACAGCGCGACAGGAGGACGAGAGUUAUGGCUAUGUGCUGCCCAAUCACAUGAUGCUGCAGAUAGCGGAGAGUUUGCCGCGAGAGAUGCAGGGCAUUUUGGCAUGCUGCAAUCCCAUACCACCGUUGGUGCGUCAACAGCUACACACGCUACAUCAGAUUGUGUUGCAGGCACGCGAACAGCCGCUGGUCAAACCCAUCCUCGAGCACAACAGCAAGGGUCUGGGAAACACUUACUUGGCACCCACCACCAAGGACUUUAACAGCAAACUGAAUUGUCCACACGAUUUCUCUCAUCACGAGGAGACGCGCGAUGAUCUGCCCACCCUCCUAAAGCGCAGCUCCACAGGCAAACUAUUGCGUCCCGAUCAACAGGAAAGCAAUAAUCCUUUGUUGCCUGUAAUGACCCCAGCGUUUGGACUAUUCCAGAAAUCAGCGUCAACCGCACAGGAGGACGAUAAGCGUUGGCAGCAGGCACGUAAGGAGAGUCAAAUGCUGCGCAUGCCCUACAAACGUUAUCUGGCCAUCUUACCACUCAUGCAACAGCAAAAGAUCGAGCAAAAUGCUCGCGAGCAGCGUGAGUUGGCGCAACGACGCUUGUGUCCAGCAGAACCGGCACCCGAAAGUAUCAAGUUGGAGGCAGUGGCCAAGGAGGAGUUGGAUGAUGACAAAUAUAGUCUGCCUCUGAAGGAGCAGCUAAAACGCAAGCAUCAAUCAGCUGCCAAUAAUAACGAACACGCCAGCGAUAUAAAACGUUCGAAAAAAGAAGAAAAAACAGCCAUAAAAACGGAAGCACCUGCUACAGUUGAAGUGUCUGAAGCUGGGGACAGUGAUGAUGACGCUGUUGUCGAAGUUCCUAUUGAAAAGAAUGCUCCAGAGAAUCCGCCAGCGACAAGCAACAGUCGGCAGCAAAAGCGUCAGCAGAAAAAUCAACGUUUCAAAUCCAAAUCCCGCGUCCAACAAGCCCAAAGCUCUAAUCGUCCAAUACAGCUGCCUGCAAAUCUGGGAGCACCGCAGCACUUUGACUACAAGAACGUGGACUUCCGACAAUUCAAGGGAGGCGCACAACGUGCUCGCGGAACCGAAGUUAAGGCACAAAUACGUGGCAAGAAUCGUCCGAAUAAUCGCAAUAACAAAAAGUUUAAUAAGCUUUUCACAUUCAGCAACGCUAAGAAAGAGGGUAAAAAGUAAGUGACAACGGAGUCUCAGCUUCCAGACAAAAAAAAAACAAGAACC